AUGAACCAGACAGGGUUUAACCAGUCCGAUCGGUGUGAGCAUUUCCCCUGUCCAAUAAGAUCUGUAUCUCCGGCAGUUUAUAUCUUAUUGUACGUGUUUUCAGCUGCUGUGGUUCUGCUAACAGUGUGUGGAAAUCUGCUCGUCAUCAUCUCUGUUUUUCAUUUCAAUCAGCUUCACACACCAACUAACAUGCUUGUGCUCUCUCUGGCUGUGUCGGAUUUCCUCAUUGGUGGUUUAGUGAUGCUGCCAUUAUUCAGCUGGACAAUCGAGUCAUGCUGGAUAUUUAAUACAGGGAGCUGCAUGUCUUUGAUAGUCACUUCUUUUUUUCUAGGGAACCAGUCCAUCUAUAAUAUUGCUUUAAUCGCAGCAGAUCGAUAUUUGGCUCUGUCAAACCCAUUUCUCUACACAAACACAAUCACAGUAAAAAUUAUGUGCAUUAUAGUUUCUACUAACUGGUCUGUGUGUCUUGUAUAUAAUAUACUUUUUUGUCAUUUUAGUGGGAGCUUCACAACUUCUGUAAUGUGUCCUGGAGAGUGUUUCUCGGUUCCAAAUGAGGUUGGGAUUAUAAUUGAUCUCAUAUUUUCCUUUAUAUUUCCACUCUUUGUUAUAAUCAUAUUGUAUACUCUAGUUUUUGUGAUUGCCAAGAAACAUGCCACUGCUAUCAGAGAGCUUAAUAAUCACACACGGCCUAAAACACUAAAAAUCACCUCACACUCAAUGAAAUCUGAGAGAAAAGCAGCUAAAGUCCUCGGCAUUUUAGUGUCUGUGUUUUUGAUGUGUUUACUUCCAUAUUUUAUUUACACUUUAUUAGGCAAUGUUAAUGAAGUACAGGCACAAACAGUUCAGAAAUUUUUAAUUACAUUUUAUUUUAAUUCCACAAUUAAUCCAUUUAUUUAUGCUCUGUUUUACCCAUGGUUUAGAAGGUGCAUUAAAUUGAUUAUAACUCUGCAAAUAUUUCAAAGAGACUCUGCAUUAAUCAAUGUCUUUUCAUAA